UGCCGAGUGGUUAAGGGAUUGUAGGUUUACUGAUGUACUUUGGUUUGGCAAGGGCCAACUUUCUCUAACUUAUCUGCUCCAAUUACCUACACCAUGCCAUGUCUGGUACGCUUCCAUUCUUUGUAAACAACUCAACUGGGCUGGCCUCUGAUUGCGGCCUUAUUUGGCCAUAAGUUUGACUUCAAUUGUUGUUCCUCAGCCUACCUUGACCGUGAAUUUUUUAAACUUCGGCUUCAAAAAUAGCUAGCCGAGCUGAAAUAAUUUAUAGAUCUCGGCUUCAUGAAUCAGUAAUUCUAGCCGAGUCUCUGUAUAUAUAUAUAUAUAUAAAUAUAUAGCUCAGGAUAAGCUGAGUUGCGAAUUUUUUUAUUUAUAAAUUUCGGCCCUAGAGUUUGCCGAGCAUUCCAUAGCAAUAUUCUUAUCUUUUAAGGAAACGUGAAUGCAUGUACGUUUCUUCCCUUGAAUUAACUGGAUUAACUCAAGUCCAUGUCAAGUGAUAUCACAUACUUCCCUCUGCUCUGCCGCAUCUUUAAUUUCAUGGAAUGGCUGCCAUCCUUCAUUUGAACCAAGAAUUAAAUAAUAUAAUAUUUAAUCCAUUUAUUCAUGUUAAUGAUUAUUAUGGAAUGGCUGCCAUUGCAAUAUUCAAUCAUGGAAUGACUUCCAUCACGUGGCUACCAUGCAAUUAAACCAAGGAGUAGAAACAAAUAUUUAACUAAUGGAAUGGCUGCCAUCACGUGGCUACCAUUCAAUUAAACCAAGGAUUUAAAUAUUUAAGUAAUGGAAUGGUGGCCCUCCCGUGGCUGCCAUGCAAUUAAUUGCACCAAAGAUUGUGGAAUCAAAUAUUUAAUUAAUUAGUUCCAUUAAUUAAAUAGAUCCCAGAGCACAUCUCAUUAGAUAUCCAUUCCGUAUCAAAGAAGGAUUUAUAAAAGGAAGUGCAGCAGAGUCCAUGAUGUGUAGGAAUUAUUUCAGAUUUCUUCCCCUGUACGUGGAUUCCUUAUUGAAUAAGAAUUCUGCUUACCAAAAUUCUACAAAAACGAGUCUCUUAUGCAGCUUUCCCUUGUAAAAGAAAAAAUUCAGUAGCUUGCAGUGAUCCCUCCAAUCUCAUCAUGGAUGAUGUGGUAAAAGAAGAGGCUAUAGAAUUUUCAACGAAAUUCAACCAAGCUCUAUCGUCAAUGGAGGAUGCGGUGCAUGAAGGAGUAAUUCAUGAAUUAUCAGGGGACAAUCCACCAUCCUGUUAUUUGGGUCCUCACUUUCCUAGAGGCAUGCCGCAAGUAAUCUCACAGGUUCUUGAUGAAUACCAAAUUGACACCUCGUGGCAUUUUUCUGAACGUGACUGGUCUUCGUGGCGUGCUGGGAAGCCACAAGGUUGGCCAACUCUUACAGACGAAUGGAAAGCAUGGGUUCCAAGAAUGGAGCAUUACUUCGGCAACCUUUGGAAAGAAAUUGGUAUCUUUCAUGCCAUCAAACUCACGGAACAAGAAAUAGUGGCAGAAAAACCCAUGUUAGCGGCAGCACUAUGUUUUUGGGCCUCUGCUACUAAUACCAUGAAUCUGCCAUUAGGCUACAUGAGUCCUACAAUUUUGGACAUAUGUACUAUUACUGGCUUAUCACCCAUUGGUAUUGAAAUUAAUGCAAACCACAGUCUUCCAACAGCUUUUAUGGAUAGCUUUCUUCCUCCCAAACAUGAUGAUAAAGAAGAACAAAUGGAUGCUACAAACGAAUCGAAGAGGCACCGCAACUAUAGCACUUUGUAUAACACAUAUGGUGUGGUCGACUCAAAAGAAUCUUCAGAAAGACAACCGGUCAAAAAGUAUGAACACGCGGCUUUCUUGUUCUAUUGGUUAUGCAAGUACGUAUUUUGUUGUAAGUCAGGACAGUGCCCUCGUGACUAUGCAGCAAUAGCCGAGGCCCUAGCUUCUGGUACCAAACUAGCCCUUGGCCCAUUUGUUCUUGCGCAUCUUUAUAGAAGUUUACACCGUAUUGUGACUGACCGCAUGAAUCCUAAUGUUGGCGGUCCACUUUGGAUGUUCCAACUGUGGCUACGAACUUAUUUUCCUCAAUUAUCUGUUGCUCGGCCCGAAUACAACCAUGAUGUUAUGUACGGCCAAUACCUUAUGGCUACAUCUUCAUCCCACAUGUCUUUUGCAGACUGCUUUAAGAUGUUCUACACACUUAGAAGUUUAGAGAGCUUCUCUGUCUGCUAUUCUCAAUGGCAUCCAGCCUCCACUGCACUCGGUUUGAAUGAACCAUCAGAAGUUCUUAGUGAAGUUCAAUUAAGAGAAACUUGGGCCAGCUUUCUAAUUUCACGGGAUCUGCAUUAUGGGCUUGCAACCUCCAGCAAAUACAAACCAGGUGUUGAGAUUUACCUCCCCAACUACUUCGCUCGUCAGUUUGGAUUUAUGCAAAGUUGCCCUGUCCCAUAUCAACAUUCUGAAAAUCUUUUGAGUUCAUGGCGCCGGAAGUUCAGAUCAAAGAGCUUGUGCAUCCCGGUUUCAAAACGCUUCCGUCAACACUUCAACCGUUUUAAGAUGAGAAUAUUUCAACCAAGCAGUAGACCAACUCCUCCUUUUUCUAUCUGGUGGUCAAGUUACUCUUCAAAAUUUGUCAAUGCAGAUCUAAUGGACCUAUUCACAACACGAAUAUUAAAAGGUAUCUCCAAUGGUCCUGAGUAUCGGCGAGCUCAGAAAAGGGGACGAACCGAUGAAGAUUUGGCUAGCCCAAAUAACCGAGAUGGAGAGAAUCAGUCGGCCUCAAAAAAACGAAACACCAUUUUUAUUACCGAUAUUACUGAAAUCUCUCCUUCUAACUCUAGUGACAGCAACCACACAGUAGAAUUAUUCCUCGACGAUAAUGAAGCUGCCAAUAAGACUUGGGUGGAAAGUAAAGACACCAUGUCAAUUGAAGAUUCUGCUCAAUCCGUACCCAAGGAUGAUGAGGAAAAAUCUUUUGAGCCAAAUCAAACAUCAUAUUAUCAUGAACCUUCUCCAAUCGAGAUUGUAGAAGAGACAACAAGCUUCCAAUAUCAACAAACUAAUCAGGUCAUUCCACCAACUCAUCUUCUAUCAGCAGAUACCUUAGCUUUGCUAGACAAGCUCACCGAUCAACAAACUAGCCAUGAACAAGAUAUGGUCAACCAUGACCAAAUAGCAGUCGCGGCCAAGUUUGUAGAGGAUCUUUGUCAUACUGAACUUGUAGGUGUGGUCGGUGAUAACCUUUACAGCCGUUUCAAGGAGGAGCUAAACGUUUUGAUCUCGGCGCACCAUUUUAGUCAUGAAAAAACACAAAAAAUUGAAGAACACCUUGAGAUUAUGGAUGCUAGCAUUCCUGUUUACAUCACUGCUCUCAAAAAGUGGGACACCGGCCGUAGACUUGAAAGAAAUUAUGGAGAUAUUGUUGCACGACAAAGUUCUCGAGCCGCACAGCUAAUAGAGUUGCGCCGUAGUUAUGACAAAGAUGUUCAAGAAUUAGCCGAGUUGGAGAAGCAUGUGAUUGCAGUUCGCGACCGUAUGACUCAGACGACAGCUACUAUCCAGCAACAAUCUAGCGAACAUCACCGUGAGCUUGAAAUUUUCUCAAGGCAUGGCAAAGCUACUCAAGAAUUCUUGGCUAAGAAAGAAGAAAUUGACAGCGUGCUGACCACGACUAGUAUUGACUGGGACGCAUGGAGGAAGAUUCUUCUUUGAUUUCCUCGGCUUAAGCACAACCUUUUGCUGUGACCCCCUUUUUUUUUUCUUCGGCUAUUUAAACUUCGGCCUUGAUAAUUUUUUUUUUUUUUUUAGCCGUUUUAAUUCGGCUUUGUCUUCCUAUAUAUGUUCGGCUACUUAGGCCUCGGCCUUGAUUUUGGCCUUUUUAAUU